GCCUGCCUGGUGCGCGUGCGCAGUUGUGGAGGCGUCGGCAGGGUCUCGGUUUGACAGAUAAAUCGGAGGUUUUUGUCCUUCUCGGUUGGGGUUGUUUUCUUGUUGUGUUUUCUGGAUUUUUUUUUUUCUCUCCCCUUCCCUGAGGCUUUAGAGAUAACUAUGUCGUACGGACAGUUAGAGACUUACCGGCCUGGGGGGCUUCCGGUUCGAGAUUUCAGCACCAUUAUCCAGACCUGCAGCACCAACAUCCAGCGCCUGGCACAAUGCACUUCUCAAAUAAAGAAUUUGAUGAAUCAGUUGGGAACCAAGCAGGAUUCAACCAAACUGCAGGAAAACUUACAACAGUUGCAAAACACAGCAAACCGGCUUGCCAAAGAGACUAAUGAAUACCUGAAGGAGUUAGGCUCCCUUCCAUUGCCCUUAUCUACUUCAGAACAGGGAGAUGAGAAACGCAGAGAAGAGCAGUUGGUCUCAUUUGACAGCAAUGAAGAAUGGGAUCAGAUGCAGGCUCAGGAAGAAGACGUACCUAUAACAGAGCAAGAUUUUGAGUUAAUCAAGGAGAGAGAAACUGCCAUUAGGCAAUUGGAGGCAGAUAUCUUGGAUGUGAAUCAGAUUUUUAAAGAUUUGGCUAUGAUGAUCCAUGAUCAGGGAGACAUGAUUGAUAGCAUAGAAGCAAAUGUAGAGAAUGCAGAAGUCCAUGUGGAAAAUGCCAAUGAACAGUUGCAGAGAGGUGCUUAUUAUCAGAAGAAAUCACGCAAGAAGAUCUGCAUCCUAAUUUCUGGCUUGGCUUUAGCCUGUUUAAUCUUGAUAAUAAUCAUUUGGCAAGUACAAAAAUGAAGCAUUUCUGUGGAAUUAGAUAUGCAAUUAAUAUUUCUGCCUUGAGACAAGCCUAAGGAAUGAGGGGAUUGAGGUGAGAUGGAACACAAACUGAUUUUCCAUUAGUAAUUAUAAUAUAAAAACUAACAUGAAGCUAACUAGUUCUUGGAUUUAGUGAACCAUGAAGACAGUCCAUGUUAAUUUAUUUUAUGUAACUAAACUUGUGGAGGGCUUCGUUUUGUUUUCCCGAAUGUUCCUGUCCCAAGUAUUGAAGGAUGUGAUCUAGAUUAGUUUGUUAAUUGCCAUAAACACUACAGAUCUAACUCUUUUUUAAUGUGUACUGGUUUUAUAAGUGACUCAUAUAGGAAUAACUCCUAAGUACAAAAUCCCAAGCAAUUUUCAGUGUGAUCCACACAGCUGUUCCAGAUGUGCAUCCCCCUACAGGAAACUGCCACACUUGUUUGAAACAGCAAUUCCUGACUUCAAUUGUGUGUACUUUGCGGAAGCUGCUUUGAGUGUAGCCCAAUGGGCUGGGAGGAAAAUAGGACCUUAUGUAGCAGACAAAGAAGUUUUUCAAAUUGUGAAGAGAGAACAUCUCAAUUUCCCUAAACAUAGCAUAGCUAAUAUGAGGCUUAUUCAAGCCGGUUCUCUUCAGAAACUCGUUUGGUAAUGAUUAGUCUGAAAAUAUUUGUAUUUAAAGUCCUGUUUCUCUCUGCUCCAUUUUUGUGGUGACUAUCAAUUGCUUAGUAAUAUGUCCAGAUGUCUUUUUUAAUGAAGGUGUCUUUGGAAAUGGCCCAUCCUACUGUCUCUUCCCAACUUUGAACCACUAGCACAUACAUUAAAUAUUAUAGCAGUAAAAAGUUGGCAUCAAGAGUCUGAAAUGGAAAUAAUAGGUUAUGCCUUUCUUUUGGGGAUUUUGGUAAAUACGUCUGUCCAAAAGAUUUCUAGUUUGGAGUACCAACUUCCUUCCUAGACUAUCUGUGGAUAUUACAGUCAAAUGUACUAGGAAAACAAAAUUUAAUGAAAGAAGUUAGCAGCAUACUUGAGGCUGAUAUGACUUCUGUCCUUGUUUGCAUAUAGUGAGAAUGUUCUGAUUUCCUCUUAUAUUUAAAUGUAUAAAGUAGUUUAAUCCUGACAUACUAGUACCCUACUUGGGUUAAAAAAAACAUUUUCCAUAUUGGGAGUUUAGGAAAAGUGUUCUGAAUAGUAAAAGGAAGCUUUAAACCUUUUGCAUCAAUGGAGGAUUAGAAGCAUGCCAGUUUAAGAUUCACUAUACUGUGUCUUUAUGACCCAUGGGUUUCAUUUUAUGUCUGAUUUGGUGUUAUGGUGGAUAGCUUAUUUGGGUCAAUGAUACUCUUAAAAGGAAAUGGGCAUGGAAAGCCUAACAUGUUGACUUGGUAACAUUCUGUAUACAAAUAGUGAAUGUUUUUCUCCUGACAUCUAUUUAUUACUUCACACAUUUUACAUGUUUAAAUGACUAAACUGUGAAAGUUGCGUGAAGAACAAUGCCCUCAGUUGCACAUCUUUCUUUGCACUAUCAUUCCAUCCAUUUAAAUAUCAAUAAACAUUUUUAAAUAUU